GCGCGCCCAGCAGCCCCGCGCCCAGCAGCCCGGCGCCCGCCGCCGCCUCUUCAAUGGGCAACCUGCUCGGCGGGGUCAGCUUCCGCGAGCCCACCACCGUGGAGGACUGCGACUCCACCUGGCAGACGGACUCGGAGCCGGAGCCGGAGCCGGAGGAGCCAGGGCCGGGCGGCGGCGGCGAGGGCCCGGGGCAGGAACCCGAGGAGCCCGCGCAGCCUCCGGAGCGAGCUGGGGGGCGGCCCCGAGCCAGCCCUGCGCCGGACGAGGACGCCGAGGCGGCGGGCGCCGAGCAGGGUGGUGAUUCCUCUGAAGCAACUGCCAAACCAAAGAGAAGUUUUUAUGCUGCAAGGGAUUUGUACAAAUACCGACAUCAGUACCCACAGAACUUCAAAGAUAUCCGAUAUCAAAAUGACUUGAGCAAUCUUCGUUUCUAUAAGAAUAAAAUUCCAUUUAAGCCAGAUGGUGUUUACAUUGAAGAAGUUUUAAAUAAAUGGAAAGGAGAUUAUGAAAAGCUGGAGCACAACCACACUUACAUUCAAUGGCUUUUUCCCCUGAGAGAACAAGGCUUGAACUUUUAUGCUAAAGAACUAACUACAUAUGAAAUUGAGGAAUUCAAAAAAACAAAAGAAGCAAUUAGAAGAUUCCUCCUGGCUUAUAAAAUGAUGCUUGAAUUUUUUGGAAUAAAACUGAUUGAUAAAAAUGGAAAUGUUGCUCGGGCUGUUAACUGGCAGGAAAGAUUUCAGCAUCUGAAUGAGUCCCAGCACAACUAUUUAAGAAUCACCCGUAUUCUCAAAAGCCUUGGUGAGCUUGGAUAUGAAAAUUUUAAAUCUCCUCUUGUAAAAUUUAUUCUUCAUGAAGCUCUUGUGGAAAACACUAUUCCCAAUAUUAAGCAGAGUGCUCUGGAGUAUUUUGUUUAUACAAUUAGAGAUCGAAGAGAAAGGAGAAAGCUCCUGCGGUUUGCCCAGAAACAUUACACACCUUCAGAGAAUUUUAUCUGGGGACCACCUAAAAAAGAACAAUCAGAGGGAAGCAAAGCUCAGAAAAUGCCGGCCCCUCCUGCCUCUAGUCAUAACAGUCAAACACAGUCUAUGCACAAAAAAUCCAAGGACUCCAAAACUUCCUCUUCAGCUGUUCAUUUAAAUAGCAAAACAGCUGAAGAAAAAAAAGUGGCACCAAAAGAGUCUGGGGAAGAGACAGACAGGCCCAGCCCAGAGCCCAGCAAUGAAGCUGCCAAACCAGAAAACACAGAGGACAGUGAUACUGGAAAUUCAAAUGUUCAACCUGAGAAAACAGUUACUGCUCCAACAGAAAGAAAGGAGAGUUCAUCUCCUUCUGAAAAAGAAGAAGAGGGCGAAAAUCAUAACAAAGACUGUGAAAAUCCUGGAAAUACCAGUUGCCAUGAUGAGAUUCUGAUAAAUGAAAUGGAGGUCCUGGGGGAGCUCUGACCUCCCCAGCUAAUCUGUCAGUCCUGCUGUCUUCUUUCUCCCUCUCUCCUCACUCGCCGUUGAGCCGCCAUCUUUGUCAGCUAUCAAGUGUAUUUAUAGUAAACAUUAGGAUAAUCAUCUUCUUGACAUCUAAAUGGAACAGAGGGCAACUUUUAAUUGUAUGAUUUCAGAGUUUUCUUUAAAAUAAUAAUAAAAAUAUUUUCUGUAUUAAGUGCUUAAAAACAAAUUUUGGUGCAAAAGUCCAAAAAAGAACUUUACUUAAAUGGAUGUUCCACAUAAAUUUGGUGGUUGAUUCUGGAUGCAGAUGACUGAAGAAUUAAAAAAGGAAAAAAGGAAAUUAUUCAUUUUUAAAAGGCAUGCCUCUUGCACUAUCAAUAGGCAUAUCUCUUAACUCAUUAAUAUAKCUCAGUGAUAUAUGGAUUAUUAAAUUACUAUGUUGUUUAUUCUACAGUGUAUCUUUUAAUAUAUACAUAUAUAGUUUUGCAUCUUUAUCAAACUUUCAAAUCGAGAACAGUUUGAAAUUUCAUAUACUCAGUUCUAGUAAGAACUUAAUUUAUUACUAAUAAUUACUGAAAACAAUUUUAUUUCCAAUAAUAUUAUACUAAUUACUAUUAAAAUCAGAAAAUAAUCAGAAACACUGCAAUGAAAACUUCAAAACAUACACAAUAUGGAAAAAGCAAUGAAUAUAUAAACAUUUUCAUAUUAUAUCACUUAGAAAUAAAUUGACUUUUUUUUUUUUAAAUCUCUCUUUCAUUUUUAAGAAAAGUUCUAUUUACUUUAAUCCCCUGGAGGAUUUUUUUAUAUGGCCUAUUUCAUAUCCCAUCAUAUUGUCUUCUGUUAUAUUUAUUGAUCCACACUUUAAGCAGUGGAUUUCUAGAAUAAUCACACUGAUAGUAUGUCUUUAGAAAUAUGAUUUUAUUGCUUUGAAAUUUAUGCAAAAACACCCCACUUGCUUAAUCUUGAUUUUUUUCAUGAAAGUCUUAGUAGCACUCAUGUUUUAUUUCAUGUUUCAAUAUGUAGAAUAUAGAAUACCUUAUCAUUUUUAGUUCCUAUAACAUGUCAAAUUGAAGUAUUAAGAAUUUGAGGUAACAGUUUAAGUUUUUUUUUUCCAUUUUUUUUUUUUUUUUUACGUGUAGGAAAUACAUGGAUCCUCUGACACGGUGCUUGUCAUAGCAGUGUCCCURUAGAUCUUAAUAAACAGUUCCACAGAGUUUAGUGGAUAAGAGUGAAUUGUCAAAUUAGGCUGAAUUAUAGGAAUAAUAUUAAUUUAAUUCAAAAUAUCUUACUAGUUGUGUAUAGACAGUGUAUAGACACUUUCAGACUGCUUUUUAAAUGCUUAGUAUUAAACAUGUGACCAGAUUAGUAUCUGGCAUCUAUUAAUACUUUUAAUAUUUUAAUUUAACUUCUAAUAUUUUUAACAGUUACAGAUACUAAUCGGUCACAUAUGUUUAAUAUUAAAUGUUAGUAACUGUUAAUAGAUAAGUAACUGUUAAUAUUUUAACAGUUACCAUUACCAGAUACUAAAAUAAAUGAAUAUAAUCUGAACUACUUAGAAAUUACAGUAUAUUAAAGCCCUCAGAAGAAAAACAUUUCAUUUAACAGUUUAGUUUUUAAAAUAUUAUUUUUUAUGAGGGAUUUUGUUACAUUGUGCUACUUUAUUUGAGAAUACUUAGUUUCAAGGGGAGAACUUUCUGGCUUCCAUCCAAAAUAGUGGCCUUUUUCCAUCAUGUGUUUUUUAAAUGUAUAUUCAUAUGUGACUAUAGUUUGCUACAUUUAAUCUGUAAAUAACUAAUGAGAGAAUUAUUAAGUGGAGAAUAAGUAGGGAUGACAUUCUUUUUGCAGAUAAAAAUUAAAUGUCUAGAACUUUUUAUAUUAAGAAUACUUUGUAUAUUUAAUGGUUUUUUAAAAUAAGAUCUAUAGAUAUGUGUUUAUGUGUGUCUUAGAUAUGAAACUGCCCCCUGGGGUUUCACUUCUGUUUUGUAUUUUUAAAAACUACCAUGUGCUUGCAGAAAUUUACAGAGAAGCUGUUAUAGAAAAUUMAGUGAAGCAUGGCCAAAUAACUAGAAACAUUAUUGUGUAUUUGCAAAUAUAGUCUUUAUUGUUGUACUACAGGCUGCAAGGAUAGUUAAUAUUGGCUAUUAAUAAAAUAGUAACUUGAAUUUCAUGGCAAAUAGAUGUUAUAUUGCUUGUUUAGUCUAGUAUAUUUCUAAUAUUUUGUGCUUUCAUAUAUCAAAGGAGAUAAAAUAUGUGAAAUUAUUUUGAAAUACUUUAAAGUGAUAUAUAAGAUAUAUUUCUGUACAGUAGAGAAGUUUCUAACAUUAAGAUUAUUGCACCAUUAUACAUUAUCAUGCUCAAUCUCAUAAAAAAUUCAAAAGAAUCAUAAAAGAAAUGAAGAUAUAUCUGCUUUCUCUAAAUCAAGUCAGUUGUCACUUUAAAAAUUAUAUUGUAUAGUUUUGUUUUAGAUUUUGAGAGUACUUUUUUUCCCAGCUUCAAAGAGAAAAUAAAAUUUACAACUCAGGAGUUCUUAGGGAAGUUCUGGUAUUUUUUGCUAAGUAUUAAAAAUAUAAACAUAAAAAUGGCAUAAAACCUGUUAUAGUCAUUAUGUUUCAUAUUUUGUCAUAUAAAAUUACCUAUUCUGCUUCUAGCUUUUAUACUUUAAUUUGARUGAAAGUAUGAUGAAAAAGGAAAAACAGUAUAAUAUACCUCUGAGUUAGUCUUUAAAACAUCAUUUUGGUAAAAUAAACCAUAUCAAAUUGUCAAAAUCUGGUUAGAUUGAUGAAUAAGAGAAUAUUUGAUUAAUUGUUUUAAUGCUAAAUGUCCCAAGUCAAUAGAGUUAUGGCUGAGUUUAUAAUCCACUGAGUAAGUCAAACAUUUAUUUUUUAAGAAACUGUAUUAGAGGCUCUUCUAAAAUCUCUGUUAUGUAAACCAGGAACAGAAAGAUGUUGCUUAAUUUAAUUUAAUGACAUCUACAAGUCUUUAAUGUCCUUUGAGGUAAGUAGAUCCCUUGUUUCAGGAAUAUUUUCAGGAUUUCUAUUUUGUUUUCCAUUAGAAAAUUCCACUUUCUCUUUGGGGCAUGUGCGUUCAAUAUAAGGCAGGAAUUAGACAUGUUAGGGUCAUUUGAAUGCAGGUGCAGUUGUAGCCAAAGAUGAUCUUAGGAAACGUUGGACUUAGGAAUUGUGUCUGUCCCCUGACUUCUUUCAGUAUUGAGUUCUGUGUGGCUCAUUACAGGAACAGAUUUGUGUGGGCAAUCUCUAGGGUGACAGUGAGUCCUGCCCUGCCUUCUGCCUUGUUCUAGUUAUCCAACCCACCCAGCAGAUUGUGUUCAGGGACAGACUGUAGAAAUCUCUUACUACUGAAAUUAAUAAUCAUAUAGUUAUGAAUGCCUGGAGGUGUCCAGAUGUGCCUUAAUGAAUGUAAAUGGUUUUCAUUCGGAUGUUUACACUUUUACUCCAUUGUAAAAUCUUGUCAUAAGGAACUAUUCAAACCAUGUAUAUCACAUCAGUUAUUUUAAUGAAAUUUACUUUGGUGCUUUAUCAUUUUGGAGAAAUUGUCAUUUGGAAUAAGAGCAUAA